AUGGGACGUCAUGAUUUCUUGCCUGGGCAGGAGCGGCUGUACUCCAGAGGCGAGGUGGACGAGAUACCGGACUGGGUGCACGAGCUGGUCGUCGAUCGCCUCGUGACGCACGGCGUCAUACCGGAGGGCUUCGUUAAUAGCGCCGUGAUCAAUGACUACCAGCCCGGGGGCUGCAUCGUGUCGCACGUGGACCCCAUCCACAUCUUCGAGCGGCCGAUAGUGUCGGUGUCGUUCUUCAGCGACAGCGCGCUCUGCUUCGGCUGCAAGUUCCAGUUCAAGCCCAUCCGUGUGUCCGAGCCGGUGCUCUACCUGCCCGUCGGGCGCGGCAGCGUCACCGUCCUCAGUGGCUAUGCAGCCGAUGACAUCACGCACUGCAUCCGCCCACAGGACAUCAAGGAGAGGAGAGCUGUCAUCAUUCUGAGAAAAACGAGGCCGGAUGCCCCUCGUUUGAACUCCAGUUCACUGAGCCCAUCCAUCCACUCUUCUGAGAGACGACACAUACUCAAAGCCAAACGCUCACACCGCAAGGCCGACCCAGAUGCUGCACACAGGCCUCGUAUUUUAGAGAUGGACAAAGAGCUGCAGAGGCGUUCCCUCUCUUCCCGACAGAGACGUCACGAUGGAGACAGUUCAGAGAACUCAUGGAGGAGAGCUGACGAGAGAGAGCCGGGCUCACGCUACACACAUGACCACGCACCCGCUCGACGAGUCAAAAUGAGACGUCACUGAGACGCAGUCAGAACUCAAUGCUGAUCUUCUCAGACGCCUUCACGUUUGCUCGAGGGGACUGGAAGCCAACAGAGGGACUCAGUAAAAGAGAUGCUUCCGGUGUGGGUGGAUGCAAGGACAUUAGGCAGCGGCUGCUUUACUUAUUAAGAGGCUUUAUCUAUCUAUUCAGACAUAUCAUUCAAAUCCACUAUAUUUUGUUCUGUGUGUUUAAAGGAAACGUAUGGAAUAAAAAGACAUGUAAGCUGACUAGUUGAAUUCAGUCAUAAUUUAUCAGUUUGCACCCCAGUUAACUUCAUGUGCCAGUGUCAUGCAUACAUACAUUCACAUAACAAUAUAAAAUAAAAAUGUGUAUUGGGUUUUUGAGAACUGCUCCUUUAAACAUAAAUAUGGUUGAUUUAUUUUUAUUUUUUUGGCUUUAAGAGUUUUGUUGGAUACAUUCUGGCAAUCAAACUGUUUUUAAGUCAGAAAAAGCAAGGCAAAUUUUAUUCAUGCUGAUAGACUGACUAAAGUUAAUAAUAUGAUGAUAAAAUGUUUGAUUUGCAUACAGUGGCUUAUCAGUGCAUUUGCCUGUGCACGGUUGCUUUACUAACAAAGACAAGAUCAAAUCUAAGGCCUAGAAUCUUUGAUAUGCUUGACAUGCACAAUAGUUUCUAAAAUGGGAUAAAAUGUUACAUUAGUCAUCUCUUCAUUUGAAUGUUGUUCUUUCUGUUCUCAAUGCUUAUUUCUUUUUCUCCCCCAUUUAAGGGUGGUGUUGCCAUUAUAUUAACUUCUGAUUUGUCAACCAUGGUGUAUUUGUUUUGGCUCUUUAUAUCUGAAGGAAAGAGUUAAUUCAUGCUGACAUUAGAGACCUGCAUAAGGCACUCAUAAUGACAACAGUUUGUGUUUUAUUGAUUUAUUUGUUUCUGAGGUUGAAUGGAAGUGCAGAAAAUGUAGAAGAAAGAUGAUAGUGUCUUUCCCAUUGCAGGUGUUUAACAGAAAGUGCAUUUGACUGCACGAGACUAUAUAUGCUUUGUAUUUAAAAGGCUGACAUAUGAGACUAUUUUUGUUUAAAUCAAAUGAGUAGAUUAGACUGCAUAAAAGAUUAAAGGGAGAUGUUCUGUGUGUUCUUGGAA